AUGGUGGUCUGCAAAUUCUUCCUCCAGAACCGAUGCGCAUACGGUAACAACUGCAAGUUCGAACACCCACAGGGCGGCGCUGGUGGAGGACCAGGUCGCAGUGGCUUUGGUCAGAGCGCCUUUGCUCCACCAUCUGCGUUUGGUGGAGCAGGCAGUGGUGGAGGCAGUGCAUUCGGUCAACCCAGUGCUUUUGGCUCGACCUCCGCUUUUGGCAGUAGUGCAACAGGAGGAAGCGCGUUCGGCAGCGCAGCAAAGCCAGGAGGAAGUGCAUUUGGAACAGCAGCACCAAGUGCUUUUGGCGGACAGAGUGCGUUUGGCACUUCAGCAGGGGGUGGAAGGUCUGCUUUUGGAGCUAGUGCUGCGUCAGCGUUUGGAGGAGGAGCUGCAGCACCAAGCGCGUUUGGCUCCACUUCAACACCAACUUCGGCUUUUGGAGGGGUGAACAAACCAGGCUCAGCAUUCGGAUCGACGAGUGGCCCAACAUCAGCAUUUGGCGCACCAACGGGGCCUUCGGCUUUCGGCUCUACGUCGACUCCUUCUGCCUUUGGGUCAACUUCCACACCUUCUGCGUUCGGCUCAGCGGCAAAACCUUCAGCGUUUGGAUCUACGUCUACACCAACAUCUGCAUUCGGCGCUCCUACUGCUCCGUCAGCAUUUAGCACAACUACAGCACCUGCCUCGGCGUUCGGCUCUUCUUCAACACCUUCUGCAUUCGGCUCUUCGUCCGCGUUCGGCUCGCAGGCCCGGCCCUCCACGUUCGGUUCCACGCCUCCCACAGGUCCCGCUGCCUCGAAUCCAACGCCUUCAACUUCCGCUUCCGCUUCCGCUUCAUCAGCAAUUCCGUCAACCCUUGUUAAACUCAACCCAACCUCCCCAUUCUCCUCCAAAACCAACCAAUACGGCGACUCUAACCUCCCCGAAGUAUCUCUCACAGCCGCCUCUAUCGCCGAAGACAUGGGCACACACGGUCGACCACUAUGGAAGCUCUCCGCAUAUGGACCUGCUCGAGGGGAACCGAAUUUGAUAGCAGGCAAAGAUGUCAGUCAGGAUGAGCUUAGAGUCAUGGCGUAUCAAGCGCGGGCGGCCGGGCAGGACACGCAAUAUGCGGCACAUGAACAGAAGCUUUUCAGUGAAGCUGAUGGAGAGUACAGGCGUUUGGCCGGGAAUAGUAAUGCUGCGAUGCAGCAAGCGGAAAGGAAUAGAAGUGAGAAGAAGAGGCAGCAGCAACAAGGCGUAGCGGCACCGGGGUCAGGGACAGCGAGUGCUUUUGGUGGUGGACAAGCGAGUGCUUUCGGUGGACAGCAGCAGCAACCAGCAUCAGCGUUCGGAGGAAAUGCGUUUGGAGCCAAACCACCCGCGCAAGGAUCUGCUUUUGGUGCACCAGCUGCGGCUACAGGAAGUGCAUUUGGCCAAGCUUCAGCUUUCGGCCCGACAACACCUGCAGCGACAGGUAGUGCGUUUGGUAGCACCUCAACCUUCGGUCAACCUGCAUCGACGGGCAUCGCAUUCGGCAGCACAACAACACCAUCCGCUUUCGGAUCCACUUCCGCGCAACAAGCUUCUGCUUUUGGUAGCACUUCUACUUUGGGCUCCACCCCCAGCACCAACACCGCAACUCCAGCUCCAGGGACAGGAGGAAGCGCGUUUGGGUCCACAGCUGCACCAAGUGCCUUUGGUAGCACAACUUUAGCGUUUGGCGGGUCUGCUUUCGGUGGUGCAACAGGCGCGUUUGGCGGAGCUCCAACGACAGCAGCAGGUGGUCCUAAGGUAGAAGACCCAUACAAGAACUCAGUGCCGAAGGAAGAUCUGACGAAAGAAGUAUUGGCUGCAUUCGAAGCGGAAAAUUUCGAGUGGGGGAUGGUGCCCCUUAUCGUACCACCUAUCGAUGUUCGUUAG